GUACAGGCUCCUGGCAGGGAUGCCACCGACGCCGUUUCGCGACCUGGAGUUUCGCUCUCUCCGCCACAACCUGCUCCGUCGGCGGUACCGAUCGGGGGAGUAACGACCGUCGAACGUGGUAGGGGCGACGGCCUGUCUGGAGACCCGUCCUUCCGCGGCAGAACCGCUUCCACAGGCAGCCGAUCUCGGUACGACCCUCAAGUGCAAGAGAAGCGCAUGCAGGAGCUGGAGGAGCUGUAUCAAAAGGCGCUCGUGCGGGGAGGUGGUAGCAAUUUAAAUUUUUCUUGUUCGGGUUUUGCAGCAUAAUUAUCCAGCAGGCUCCGCUGUGCGUGUAGGUGGUGGGUCUGACGACCAUCGUUGUAGUUCUGCGGUUCUUCCAUGAACAUGACCAUGAUCAGUUUAGUGAGACCGCUUUCAUCUCGAGUGCCAUUGCGUUGUUCACAAUAAACUCCCAACACGUCGCCCAGGUCCCGACGCGGCAAAGAUGGCUGACGACCUCUACGACAAGAAGCACCUCCUUCUCUCCGAUCGGAUGCAGGAUGAGCAUGCGGGGGCGGACGACGCCUUCAACCGGCGCCAUCCAGAUCUGAACACUGCGAUGCAAGAGUCAUUCGCACAGCGAGGCCGCGACCUGCUCACCUUUUACAACGCCAUUUCGCCGCAGGCCCAGCCGCAAAACGCCGUACCACCCGGCUUCGAGCCCGGCGACAAGUUGCAGCGCACCGCACCGCAGCAGCUCCCCCGAUCUGGCGAGCCAGGGGCUGAAGAUCCACAGCGAGGCGUGGAGCAGGAUGUUUACGGCGCGCAGAACAACAUUAGAGUUGCAACUGCAACGAAUACCAGCAUAAAUGCAGCCGGCGACCACGGCCGCAGCCCUUCGCGGUUUCAAGAGGCGCGGCGGAACCCGAUCGCGAUGGCUCCCGCCGGCACGGUGCCUACAGUAUCCGCCGAAGAGCGCCGCCGGCAGGAACUUCGGGACGAGUGUGCGGAAUACAACCGGGCUUUGCUGUUAAUGAAGGACGCGAAGGAAAACAACAAAAGUCUUCACAUGUUCAAGAACCCGCUGCUUGAGUCGCCGGAAAAGGUGAAGGCCUUCGCGUCUCGCGCGGAACAGGACCUGCUGAGGCAGCGGCGACACUCCGGCUCCCCGCACAAAGCGUCCGCGCCGCCCUUUGCGACGUCUGCGUCCACCCACGAGGCAAUGGCCGGGCCGGUGGUAGCAGACCUUCACCAGAACAAUGUAGUUGUGCCCAACUACAACAAGCAGGUGCUCGUCGACCCGCUCCAGGAAAAGCAGAUGGACGCGAAGCGGCUAAAGGCGGUUCAGUACCAGGCUGAGCUGGCGAAACAGAUCGAGGAGAAGAGGCGGCGGAAGGAGGAGGAGAACCGCCGGAAGCAGGCGGAAGACCUUGCGGAGGAGGAAAAGAUCCGGCGCGCCGUGGCAGAGGAGAAGGCCGCCUUGGAUAGAUUGGAGGACGACCGCAGGCAAAAGCUGCUCGACGUGAACGCCAGCAACUAUCAAAACCGCCUCAGCGACAAUCCGCGCGGGCCAGCGGCGCGCGCAAGCCAGCCAAAGGUAAGUUUUGACGAAGGUCGUGGGGUUGACGGCGCAGACCACUCGGGUGUUUUCAGAGGUGACUAUGACAGUGGGAUGAACAACAGAGUGGGUGCGGGCGCGGGUGGCAGAGCGAAAAAUAUCCAGCACCUAGAAAGCAGCUUUUUCUGUAUUGACUUGACAUUCAUUUUCAUGAUGUCGACCUAGUAGAAUCGAAUUGUAACUGAGACGCAAUGCAAUAAAACUGGAACAUUUACAAUGUCGCACGUUGUUUUUCCUGCCACCAUUUACUAUAUUAUCUUUGACCACAAUUGUGGCCACAGAGAGAGCAGACCGGCAGAGGAAAGUAAAAACAGUAACGCCAAAAAUGGAAGCAAGGAACGCGGAACAGAGAAAAAGAAUCCAGCAACAACGAGCGGAAGAAGAGGAAAAAAGGCAGGAAAUCUCAUCGAAGAUUAGCGGCAAGCGCUGGCGCAGAGUGCCCGGCGCACGGGAAGGUGCGUGGCAACUAGAAUGUGACCCAGAGGUGCUGUUCGAGGCGUGCGGCGACGACUUCUGUGAAAACAGUGGAAGAGAAGUGAAGUACGUCGCGGGGGUGGCUUUCUAUCGCAACCAGGAUGAAACCUGGACUGUAGAAUGACACCGAAAUGUCGAAAGCACGAUGUUCGCGUGCACGUCCAAGAAGAAAUGAAAGAGAACAGAACGACAGAAACUUUCACAGGACAAGCACUAACAUGAUGACGAUGAUGACAAUUGUAAUCAUCAAUGUCGGUAGUGCGCGCCCUAGAUGACUACGUCUACGAAUAAAGUUAGCAGCUAAGUAAACAACUGUAAAAAUGCUGUAGUUGGUUACGACGGGGAAUACCGUUUUUACGCUUCUUCACUCAACAACAUUCAGCUGCGGCUGGUCCGCCAGACCGAGACACCUCGGCAGUCCACAACGGAUCUCUGCUUUACCAGGGAACUACCACGAAGGAAGAGGAAAAUGCCCGAAAGCGCGAGCGGAUCGCCCAGCAGCGCCGCGAUCUCGAGGCCCAAAUGGCCGAGCAGACGAGGAGCCGGGAGGAGGCACGACAGCGCGAGCUGGAAGCGGAGAGACGCGAGGAGGAGCGCGUGCGCCGCGAAAUCGAGGCAGAACGUCUCCGGUACGAGGAGGAGGUGCGGCGCGCGCGACCGCCGAUGUUUGACGAGUCAGCCAUCGCGGAGGCGGAGGACCGUUCAGCCGGUAAUAUGGUGAGUCAACAGCCACAGUCUUCCCUCCAGCUGCUCACCGAGUCGAAAAAUGACCGGUCCGAGAUCAGCACGAAGAAAACCCCACGCAGUCAGAUGAACAGCGCGCGGAUCGUCGUGCCCCCAGGCCAGGCAGAAGUGAGCGCCACGAGGACACCAAGGGUCGUGUUGGAACAGCGAGGAAGUCCGGUGAUGUCCGGGUACAGCCACAAUGUACAACAUGUUGAUCAGCAGCGGGUACAACAACCAGCAGAACGUCUUCAGCAGGUGGUGGAACCUUUGAGCGCACGCACGCCCGGCACGAAGCUGAACACGAUCUUGGACACCCACACGGAGGAAACUUCGCACAUCAUCACCGAGAUGAUGGCGCAGCAGCAGAGUUUCGUGAAGCAUCUGGAAACUCAGGUGCAGGAGCUUCGGGCGCAGCGGGAUGAGGCGCGCAAAGUGGUGCACGAGCUGCGCGACCAAAAGCUGGAGGAGAAGGCGGACGAGCUGAAGGGUCUGAAGGAGGCCCUGAUCCAGCAACGCGGAAAGCCGCCGCCAAACUUCAACCUGCUGAGCAGCAACGCGGGAGCUGCAGGGGGGCGACCGGGCGGAAGUUUUUCGAGUCACUACGCCAGUUCGAGCGGCGGUCUGGGACCGACUUUGAAUCCCUUCGCGAGCGGCAGCGCCGGCGACUUGUCGUCCUUUCAGUUCUCCCGCCUGCACAACAACAUCAAUGGUGCAGCAGGCGGUUUCAAUCAGUUUGGCGUACCGCCUGGCCGCUACGGUGCCGGCGUGAAUCAAAACAAUUUGGAUUUCCAAAAUCUCAUGAACUUCCCGGUUACCACGACCGCGAAUGGCGGCACGCCAAUGCUGCAAAGCUCGCCCCGUGUGGAAGACCGGCAGACGCUAAACCGGCGCAGCAUGUUCGAAAAAUCCCUGGCGGCAGACUCGAAGCUCGUUGAUAGCGACUCCCUAGAAAGAACCUACAAGGACCCUUUCGGAGGUCAGAGUCACGGUGCAAGUGCAGCUGGCGCGCAGCAAAAGUCUUCGCUCGAGGAACUCAUCUCGUACGGAGAAAAUUUGCAGUGAAAUCCGAGACCCCGUCGAGUCACAUGCAGACUUUGUUUUGUGGUAUGGAGACUCUACUUGACAGUGUUAUCGAUGUUCAGAAUCGGACCAUCCCAAGAAUUCAAAUUCUGUCAAAAAACAGUCAGAUGAAUCAGCUGCAACAAAUCAGAACAAACGAGACAUGUUUUACAGCACCGACGCGAUCACACUAAGUACGGAUUAAAUACAAAGAAAAA